UUUAAAAUUAAUUAAAGCUUUGAGAAUAAGUUCUUAUAUCAUACAUUUCGUUGCCCUUUUGAUAAAGUCAUGUAUAAAAGACGACUUCGUGUGAUAGAACAACAUAGGUAUUAAAGAGUGAAGUCUUAACAAGUUAAUUUUUUGUUCGCUACGGAUUAAAUCUAACAGUAUGAAAGUUCUUAACGCAAUUCCCGUGAAAAUAAUAGACCCAUCAGAACUGCACAAACUGGAACUCCAUUUCGCAGACAAACCAGUGGAGGAUUUCAGAAAUUAUAGUUUCGAUGAAAACGAUCCUAUCAAAGUGAGAGUCCGAAAAACCUACUACGAUAUGCAUACGAACCAAACAGUAGAUUUUGUAAAAGAUAAAAUGGCCAAAUGGCUCACUUUCUCCCAUUUCAAAUCCACUGUUAGAGAUGCUUUAGAGAAGCUCAAUAAUUUAGUGGACGAAAGCGAUCCCGAUAAUGACAUCCCAAAUAUCGUCCAUGCUUUCCAAACUGCUGAAAGAAUAAGACAAGAUCAUCCUGACUUAGAUUGGUUCCAACUUACCGGACUUGUCCAUGAUUUGGGCAAAGUAAUGGCUUUCUACAACGAACCCCAAUGGUGUGUAGUGGGUGAUACUUUCGUUGUGGGUUGUCAAUGGGCCGAUUCUAUCGUCUACAGAGACCAUUCUUUUGACGAAAAUCCAGACGGAAAAGAUCCUAGAUAUAACACUAAAUACGGAAUGUACAAACCCAAUUGCGGACUUGAUAAUGUAAUUAUGUCGUGGGGACAUGAUGAAUAUCUGUACAGGGUAUUGAAACAUAACAAUACUACUCUUCCCGAAGAAGCUCUGUAUAUGAUUAAAUAUCACAGUUUCUAUCCUUGGCAUACGGGCAAUGAUUAUUCACAUCUAGAAAACGAAAAAGAUAAAGAAAUGAAAAAGUGGGUCUUGGAAAUGAAUAAAUAUGACUUAUAUACAAAGAGUACUACGAUCCCCGAUAUUGAAUCUUUAUGGCCCUACUAUGAAAAACUAAUUGAUAAAUAUAUGCCAGGAGUACUGGAAUGGUAGGAUAAACUAUAAUUGUAUUUUAUAUUUAUCGUAAGGAAUGUCCUUUCUGUAAAACAAUAUUAAAUAUUAAUUAUAAAUGUUUAUAUACAUAUAAGAAAGAAAUAUUAAAUGCAAUAGAAAUUGUGAA